AUGUACUACCCUUGGUUUUGAGAAACCAGAGCAGAGACACUUCAAUAAUGGAGCUGGCAGGUGCACGGCCGCAUGCAACACGAGGCCCUGCCGGCGGCCUCGCGAUCGGCCUCCUCUACUCAUCGCUGCUCCUCAACGCCAUCUUCCUCGCGCACCACUUCUUGCUCUCGCCGUCCCGGCCGCUGCUCCGUGACGACGACGGCGGUGGCAGCAGCUGCGGGCUCACCUGGUCUCUGCAGGCGGCCAGGGAGGCCGAGGCGGUGGCCGCCGUGGAGUGCUCGGGCCACGGGCAGGUGUUCCUCGAUGGCGUCGCCGGCGAGGACGGGAGGCCCGGGUGCGAGUGCAACAGCUGCUUCGCGGGGCCGGACUGCUCCCUUCGCACGCCCAACUGCACCGCCGACGCCGACAGCGGGAACCCGUUGUUCUUGGAGCCGUACUGGCGGCGUCACGCGGCGGCCAGCGCCGUGGUGUUCUCCGGGUGGCACCGCAUGAGCUACACCACCACCGGCCGCUUCCAGUCCGUGGAGCUGGAGCGCCAGAUCCGGCGCCUGCACAGGGCCGUAGGCAACGCCGUCGCAGACGACAAGCACCUGGUCUUCGCCAGCGGCUCCCUGCAGCUCAUCAACGCGCUGGUGCACGCGCUGUCCCCGGACGCCACGGCCGCCUCGCCGCCGUCCAGAGUGGUCGCGGCCGCGCCGUAUUACCCGUCGUACAGAUCGCAAACCUCCAUGUUCGACGGCCGCGAGUACAGGUGGGCCGGAACCACGGCCUUGUGGACCAACGCGUCACGGACCAACUCCACCGACGGCUUCAUCGAGUUCGUCACGUCGCCAAACAACCCGGACGCCAUGCUCCGCAAGCCCGUCCUCUGCAGCUCGGCGGCGGCCAUCGUCGACCACGCCUACUACUGGCCGCACUUCACCCACAUCCCUGCGGCCGCCGACGAGGACAUCAUGAUGUUCACCAUCUCCAAGCCUUCCGGCCAUGCUGGCAGCAGAUUCGGAUGGGCGCUGAUCAGGGAUGACAAGGUGGCCGAGCGGGCGUUAGACUACCUGUCGAACAGCAACAUGGGUGCGUCCCGGGACACCCAGCUGCGGAUGCUGGGGAUCGUCAGGUUCAUGCUGGCCAACCUGCACGGCGAGGACGACAUCUUCGGCUUCGGGCACGGCGUGAUGCGCAGCAGGUGGCUCAGGCUGAGCGCCGUCGUGUCGCGGUCCCGCCGCAUCUCGCUGCAGAAGAUCAUGCCCGAGUACUGCACCUACUUCAACAGGGUCAGACAGCCAUCCCCAGCCUACGCGUGGGUGAAGUGCGAGAGGGAGGAAGACGGAGACUGCUACGAGGCGCUGCUGAAGGCGAAUAUCAUCUCGCGCACCGGCGUCCAAUAUGAGGCGAGCAGCAGGUACACGAGGAUCAGCCUCCUCAAGUCGGACGACGACUUCGACGUGCUCAUGGAGAGGCUUCAAGAACUUGUCGAUGCCGAGAAGCACGACGACGCUUCCAACGGUUCCAGCUCAAUGUGAUCACGGUAAUUAAUCCAUGGAAGCUUAAUAAUGGGUCCGCCGAUGCGGAAAGUACCAAAUCUAAACUCUGGGGUUCGAUCGAGCCCAUUGUUUCUCGUGAUAAGCUAGCUGGUGUGUGUAUAUAGCAGCUAUGAGGACAAGUUUGUGAAGCGGCGUGGUAAGAUACAGUUAAUGCACUGCCAAAAUGCGAAUGAUCAGCUAGGCGCUGAUUGUUCUACAAAUGUACUGGAACAGUCAACUAGAAGUUGACUGUGUUCCCAUAGUAAUUAACUACCUAUAUUGGGAUUGGCGCAAAUUGUGCGGUCAGUAUAUUCGUUCGAUUUAUACAACUUCGUAUUUCCAUCCUUCUUGUCUGUAAUAAUAUGAAUCAUAUGUUGUACUCUGA